ACAUUGAGCAGUUAAGUAGUAUCGGUGUAAAGCAAUUAAAAUGUGUGGGGAUAUGGGAAAAGCUGUGUUGCGGGCCCUAACAGGUGCUCUGCUCUGUGGCCUCGUGUCUGAUGCGGCGUAUUUACAACAAUACGAAGACUACCCAGUAUACCAACAGGUGUACAAGAAACCUCUCAGGGAGCACGAGAAGCCUCAAGACCUUCGGAAUGUACCAGGCGUUCCUGGCGUGGACUAUCCAAUUUACCACCAGGUCCCGGAGACGAGCUUCUCCUGCGCCCAUGUACCUGUUCACCCUGGAAUGUACGCUAAUGUAGAGACCGGAUGUCAGGCUUAUCACGUCUGUCAUGAUGGUAGAGAGGGCCACCAGGGAGCUUCCUUCCUAUGCACCAAUGGGACUCUCUUUGACCAAGCUAAGUUCGCUUGUGAUUGGUGGUAUAACGUUGAUUGCUCGAAGGCGAUUGACCACUAUAGAUUAAAUGCUGAUCCGCUGAAGAACCCGUAUGUGCCGAAACCAAAACCGGAAGAGGUUCACAAGGAGGCUCCAUACGGCAUUUAUUACAGGAAAUUAGAUUAGGUAUCUUACAAAGUCAUCACCUACUAUCACAAAUAGCGUAUGUAAAAGUUCAAAUUAGUUAAACGAAAGUUUACCUAGACAUUAUUAGAAAACGCUUUUGGUUAACUUUCAAUAGUUCUAUCAUUUUAUUAUUUGUCAGAUCAAUUUUUUCGUUAGUAAAACUCACUUCAUUCCCUCACUUAAUAUUUUGUGAUUUUUCACUAUAUAAGUUUAAUAUUACUUUAUAAGAUAUAUCGAGGUGGCGACUGUUCUGCUGAUUUUUUAUCAUUCAUUUCAUUUAAAGAAAAAUAAUUUAUUAUCAUUUCACACUUGAACAAUACUCACAGAUUAUAUUGUAAUGGGUAGUUAAGUAAAAUUU